AUGGAGGACGAGAUAUUGAUAGGGAUAGACCUCCAAGCGAAACUACAGAUAGGAGUCCCACCACCACCGAAGAAAAUAAUUCGGAAAAUCUUGAGAUGUAAUGCAGCCAGGGGGCUAGCAGUACAAACAGCUAGAGAGAAGGAGGAACUACAACAAUUUCUGGAAAAGGAGCUGAAAUUGUUCAAGGAAGUUCACGGGGCAACGAACAAAGUGGAACAUGAUAUACGGCUCCGCAAUACAACGCCGUUAAAACAAAGAUACCGACCCCGUAAUCCGGCCAUGCAGGCCAUCAUCAACGAAGAAGUAGGAAAAAUGCUGGCAGACGAUAUUAUUGAACCAUCGCAUAGCCCAUGGAGCUCGCCCAUAGUACUCGUCAAGAAAAAAGAUGGAAAGCAUCGAUUCUGCAUCGAUUUUCGGAAAGUCAAUGACGCUAUGCACAAAGAUGCGUACCCGCUACCGCAGAUUCCCGCAACAUUAGACAAAUUAAGAGGAGCCAGGUAUUUGUCCACGCUGGACUUAAAAAAUGGCUAUUGGCAAGUUCCCCUUACACCGGACAGCAGACCGAUCACGGCAUUCACAGUCCCCGGAAUGGGACUAUUUCAAUUCAAGGUAAUGCCAUUCGGAUUACAUUCGGCACCCGCCACGUUUCAACGGUUAUUAGACAAAGUACUCGGGCCGAAUUUGGAACCGCAUGUUUUCGUAUAUCUCGACGACAUUAUCGUCAUCAGCGAAACAUUUAACGAACACCUCGAGUUGCUCACCGAAACGUUCCGCCGCCUUCGAGAAGCGCGACUCAAACUGAACCCUGACAAAUGCAAAUUUUGUGUCGAUCAAUUGCGCUACUUGUGGGACACAUUGUCGAUCGCUACUUGUGGGACACAUUGUCGACCGCGAGGGAAUAAGAACCGAUUCGGAAAAAGGAUGGCCUCCUGGUAUAGGCAUUUCAUCGCGAACUUCUCCACGAUCACUGCCCCACUCACAGCGCUCACGAGGAAAAAUGCACGAUGGGUCUGGGGCCCGGAACAAAGCAAGGCAUUCAGUACAAUAAAAAAUAGAUUAAAUUCCGCACCAGUAUUAACCUGUCCAGAUUUCUCACAACGUUUUUACCUGCAAACCGACGCCAGUACAUCGGGAUUAGGCGCGGUACUGACGCAACAAUAUGAAGAAGGCGAACGAGUCGUGGCGUACGCAAGUCGUACUUUAAACAUCGCAGAGAAAAACUAUAGCGCCACGGAGCUCGAAUGCUUGGCCGUCGUGUGGGGGAUUCGACGAAUGAAAAAUUAUUUAGAAGGAUACGCCUUCACUCGGACGCGCUAUCACGCCCCGACCGUCAGCACCGCAAAGAAAGCAAACCGCUGCCAAUGGUACGACCGCAUCCGAGAGGAAACGCUACGAGAACCCGGGAAGAGACCAGAGUACAAAAUCAAGGAGGGAAAACUGUACCGACACAUUUUACACUCGCUAGAUUUCAAGGAAAGGAGUAGCGACGAACAAUGGAAAAUCUGCAUCCCAACGCCAGUGCGAAAGGCGGUAAUACACCAGUAUCACGACGAGCCCACGGCCGGACAUCUCGGGAUCGCGAAGACCAUCGCCCGAAUCGCCGAGAGGCACUAUUGGCCGGGCAUGUUUAGAGACAUCGCUAAAUACGUUCGACGAUGUGAAACAUGCCAAAGCUUCAAAGCAGCACAACAAAGGCCGGCGGGAAAGCUACACGCCAUGGAAGUAAAGAGACCAUGGGAACAAGUCAGCAUCGAUCUCAUUGGACCAUUACCGCGAUCAAAAAAAGGGCAUACAUGGCUACUCGUCAUGCAAGACCGUUUCUCAAAAUGGGUGGAACUCACGUCGCUGAGAAAAGCGACCGCCGACGCGGUGACUCAGGCAGUAACAAAUAAUAUCAUUCUAAGGCACGGCAGACCAGAAAUUAUCUUAUCUGACAACGGAACCCAGUUGCGUUCAAAACAAUUAGAAAACCGGCUAAAGGAGUGCAACAUCCGCCACGUCAUCACGUCCGCAUAUGCUCCACACUGUAACCCGGUAGAGAGAACAAACAGGACAAUCAAGACAAUGGUGGCACAAUUCGCCGGAGCAGAUCAAAAAACAUACGGGACGAGAAACUGCCGGCCUUACCUGAAAGUGGAGAGCAUAUUGUCCAGCGUCCCGAGUUUACGGCUGUUGACAUAUCCAAUUGCAAAAUUCAAGUCUGUGCCUAAAAUCGGUAAUCAAGGUUUGGUGAAGAGUCAUUCUGUAUGGAUACCACUUGUGUUCAUGAAAAGUCCACCGGAUCGUGUCACGACUAAUACCAGAAUCUCUUUCUGGUACGCCUUAGUGAAUCGUGAGGAUGCAAUUGAGCUGAUGCAAUUGAGCUGA